CUCUAUGAGAACAAACAUUCAGCUGGACUUUGGAGACGGUACGGCCGUGUCCUACUCCAAUCUGAGCUGGACGCAGGAGGGCAUCCGGCACGUGUACCGCAGCGCAGGCAUCUUCAGAGUAACAACGCUUGCGGAGAACAGCCUCGGGUUCGACACGUCAUCCCUCCACCUGCAUGUGACGUACCCUGUGGAGCAUAUUCAGCUGCUGGCUCCAUAUGUAGUCAUUAAGAAUAAGGAGGUGAACUUGACGGCAGUGGUCUGGCCUUCUCAUUUCAGAACGCUCACCUAUUUCUGGUGGCUGGGGAACAACACGGAGCCCAUCAUUACAUUGGACAGCAGUAUUUCCCACACGUUCAGCACCGAGGGCAUGGUCACCGUCACUGUUCAGGUCUCAUCAGGAGACUCUAUACUACAGGACACCAGAAGCAUCGCCAUACAAGAAUUCUUCAAAUCGCUUCUUUUAUCUUUCUCUCCUAAUCUGGACGAGGCCAACCCGGACAUCCCGGAGUGGAGACAGGAUGUGGGUCGGGUAAUUAAGAAGGCUGUUCUCCAAGUCGCUGACAUUCCGGAAGAACAGCUGCUGGUGGCCGUGUUUCCUGGCAUUCCGACUGCGGCUGAACUCUUCCUGCUUCCUCCCCGGAACCAAUCGGAUGGCAGGAAACGGACCGAAGAGGAUCUGGAGCAGAUAUCAGAAAUCUUGGUCAACGCAUUAAAUCAGAUCUCUGUGGAGUUCGAGUUGAAACCUGGCUCCCGGGUCAUCGUUUACAUCACGCAAUUAACUUUAGCUCCACUGGUUGACUCCAUCCCGAGACACAGCAGUUCUGCUAUGCUGAUGCUUCUGUCUGUGGUGUUUUUGGGUUUAGCUGUAUUUCUCAUCUACAAAUUUAAGAGAAAAAUCCCUUGGAUUAACAUCUACGCAGAGGUGAACCAUGAGAAAGAGCAGGAGAUGAUCAGUACGGUGGGCCAGAAUGACGCCACACCAAAAAUCACCCUGAAUGAGUUCUCCACCCAGAAAGAACUGAUGGAGAAAGAGCUGGAGGCCUGUGCCAAACGCGGUGUGAUCAACACCUGUGAAAGCACAAGGGAGAUCCCGAACUGCACGAGUGUCUGAAGACAUCAAGAAAGAAGGCGGAGGCGUAUUGUAAUAAUGUGUACAGAGGUAUCACAAUUUUAAAGGUUGACAGUUUUCCUUUAUGCUUUUUUUGUAAUUUCAAAACACUGUCAUUGUUAAUAGUUUUCUAAGGAGCUCAGAUUUGCAUGGGUGUCUUGUUUGUUACG